GUCCCCGGUUGGAAGAAGCUCGCUGCCGCAGCGGAUAAGGAAUUUGGCAAGAGCAGUAGGACCAUCAUAACCAACGAGAAAGAGUAUCCCGAAAAACCUGCCACGAUCUGUAUUGGGACCAAGCCGGUAGACAUUGCCGUCAACGGGAAACCGAAGUGCUCGACCAACGUACAGACGGUUGAGGGCGUUAUCAUCGGAACGUCCGGUUCUGUUGAGCUCUCCGUGACGACGGGGACGGAUUACAAGGUCGAGACCACGACAACCAAGCAGACCUCCUUCGGGAUCGGCGUCACCUACGGUGCCAAAUUUUCCAUCCCCGAAGUGGCGGAGAUCGGCGGAAGCACGACGAUCAGUACUCAGGUCGCAAACAGCCACGGAGAAACGUACGCCACUUCCGGGACCUCGAACCACCAGGUCACGACGAAGGUUGUGGCGACCCAUGCCGAUGGCAAGACUUGCAAGCUUGAUAUUUCCAUGAUGACCCAGCUCAACACCAAGACCUGCACCACGGAGGGUUCGGCCCAGGUACCCUUCGUCGCGAAGGGUUGGGUUUGGUUCGAGUACUCGAAGAAGAUCGACGGUCAUUACUGGUGUGCGUAA